AUGACAGCUUCAGAACCAGCUACUAAGAAGCAAAAAGUUCAAAAAGAACGUACUCCAUUAAUUCUAAACUUCUUUGAAGCAUUGACCCCAGUUUUACAUGCACCAGGUCAAUGGAGAAAUGAAAGGGAUCAAUCAAGAAACUAUUACAAACCUGAGUAUUGGGUCAAAUUAGCUCAAUUAGCUGAACGUGGUAAAUUACACGGGUUAUUUAUUGGUGAUUCUCUUUCCUAUUAUGGUGGUUAUCAAUCUAAAGAUUUAGGAGGACCUUUCAACUUUGCAGCCCCUGCUAUCUCAGGUAAUAAUUUUCCAAAGAAUGAUCCAACUGCUUAUUUAGCUGCUAUCGCCAUUUCUACAAAGAAUGUCUCUGUUGGGUUAACCUGCUCAACUUUAACUGAACAUCCAUAUCAUUUUGCUAGAAGAAUUGCAACUUUAGAUCAUAUCUCAGGUGGUAGAGUUGGAUGGAACGUUGUCACAUCAUUGUUACCAACUGCUGGUAAACAAUUAGCCGAUGAUAACCAAUUACCAGAAAAAACUACAAGAUAUGAAAAAACUGAUGAAUAUUUACAAGUUUUUUAUGAAUUAUUAUUAUCUUCAUGGAGAGAUGAUGCUUUAGUUUUUGACAGAGAAAAUGGAGUCUUUUCAGAUCCAGAGGGUAUAAGAGAAAUCAAUUUUGAUGGUAAAUACUUUAGAGUUCCAGGUCCUCAAAUUACAGAACCUUCACCACAAAGAAUCCCAUUGAUUAUUCAAGCUGGGUCUUCUCCAAAAGGUCAAUUAUUAGGUGCCAAACAUGGUGAAGUUAUCUUUUUGGGUGGUGAAACACCUGAAGAUGUCAAGGAAAAAAUUGAAUUAACCAAAAACUUAGCCAAAGAAAACUACGGUAGAAAUCCAGAUCAUUUAAAAUUUGUUACAAUGUUGAGAGUUGUUGUUGGUAAAACCCAUGAAGAAGCUGUUAAAAAACAUGAAGAGAUCGAAAAAUAUAAAGAUUUAGAUGGUACCUUAGUGCAACUUGGAGGUGGUGGUUUAGAUCUUUCAAGAUGGGAUUGGGAUGAAGAUUUAACACAAGUUGAUGAUCCAGCAGUUAAAGGUCUUGCUUUAGGUUUCAAAAAGAAGAAAUUUUACAAAGGCGAAACUGUUACUAGAAGAUAUGUUGCUGAAAAUUUCUUCCAUAGUAAUUAUUUCAUUGGUACACCUGAAGAGAUCGCAGAUGAAAUUGAAGAUUAUGUUGAUAGAUCAGGUAUCUCAGGUUUCAACUUGUCCAACAUUGUCUUCCCAGAAACUUUUGAAGAUAUUGUUGAUCUUUUGAUUCCAGAACUUCAAAAAAGAGGACUAGCUCAGAAAGAAUAUGCUGUUGAAGGUGGUACUUUUAGAGAGCAAGUUUACAGAGAGAAAGGGCACUCUUUUGUUCCAGAAGAUCAUUAUGCUUAUGGAUUGAGAUGGAAAGCUGGUGUUACCAAAGAACAAUUCGAAAAAGAUUUGAAAGAAUUGAAAGAAAAGCAACAAGAACAAAAAAUCUAUGCUGAUUAA